AUGGCCGCCCUUCCCGACAUCCUGAUGAAGAAGGUUGACGAUUAUGUCGACUCGCUCGCCCCCCAGAUCCAGCCCCGCAUCACCGAGGAGCUCGAGACCUUCCAGACCAAGACCAUCGAUAGCCUCGAGCAGCAGGUCAUUGAGGCGUUCCGGACCUUGUUCGACAAAGACAACAACAGCUCUAGCUCUGGUGCUAGAGGGCUGAACGAGGACGUUCCUGAUUCGUACGGUGGACAGAGCCUGUCUUUUGCGAAUGAGAUUGCCAAGUUGACCAAGAGCUUUGGCGCGGUUGCGGGCCCGGGAGGGGUGGGUGAUGAUUUGGCGGAGAUUUUUAACUUGACUUCUGGUGGUGGUGGUGGUGGUGGGCAAGCGAGGGGCUUUGGUGGUGAGGGGGAGACGAGGUCGAGAGGUGGGGGGGAGGGGGAUGGGAUGAAGAAGUUCUUUUCUGCGGCGUUUGACGUGGUUCAGGAUCACCUGGAUAAGCGGAAUGAUGGGCCUGGUGGUGGUCAGGGGUUCCAGUUGGAUGGGCUCUUGGGGGUUUUGAGCAAUACUGUCAAGGAUGUGGCUGGGAACCCCGAGGAGAAGGCGAGGAUGAUUACCCCUGAGAUCAAGGAGUUGGUUGGAGCCAAGCUGAGAGAUCAACAUACGUCUAUCGCGGAGCAGUUUACCAAGAUUGCGUUGGAUCAUAUCAAGAAGUGGUUGCGGGGGAACACUACCACGAGGGAUCUUGGUGAUGGUGUGAAGGGGGAGUUUGAGGAUCAGGUGAAGGAUUUAGUCAAGGGGUUUGGGAGCUUGUUUGGAAGCAAGAAGUCACAUGGCGAGGGCACGUCCAGGGGCGUUGGGGAUAGGGCUGAGGGUGAUGGUGGCGAGAGCAAGGGCGGCUUCUCCAAACUCAUCAGCGAGAAGCUCAGUCACGGUUUGGCCAAGGUCCACAGGGAGGUUCGCCUCGAAUUCCGCAAGAUUCUGGGACAGAUUGAGAAGCAGCUGUUUGAGCUGUUGCCAGACCAGUUCCAGCGCCCUCUCGAGAAGAUUCUGGGCGGCAAUCCGUUUGACUCGCAACUCGACAAUACUGUCUCGGCCUCGAGAUCGGGUGGGGACCGUGGAUUUGGUGAUGACAUCAAGGCCAAGCUGCUCAUCAAGAUUCGUAGCCUCGUCCGCAAGGUGCAAGAGACCCUCCGCCAGAGCAUCCUUGGUGUCGUCAACGGUGGCCACCGCAAGUUUGAGAAGCAAAGCUGGGUCUUCGUCCAGGGCAUUGUGGAGCAAAAGGUGCAGCGGUACCUACCCAAGGUGAAGGUUACUGUGCCGGACGAUAUAAGUAACGAUGAUGGGGUAGAAGUGGGUGCAGUGACCAACAACAUUCAGCUCGGUGGCGGCAACCAGCCCAUCACUGGGGUUUAUCCUCCCCCACCUCCCCAGCAGGGACACAACUACUCGGGCAGUCAGCAAUAUGCCCCUCCGCCAACACAGCAAUACCAACAGAACCAGUUCCCGCCUCCGCCCACACAAGAGUAUCAGCAUGGCCAGCAAAACCAGUUUCCGCCUCCGCCCACACAGGAGUAUGGGCAUGGUCAACAGAACCAAUACCCACCUCCCCCACAGUACAAUCCUCAGCAGUAUCAGUCCAACCAAGGACAGUCGUAUGGAUACCCAAAUAAUCAGGGUUAUUAA